UGGCUGAGAGCACAUAUGACAGGCGUGCGCGGACUCGCCAGCAACAGUUUCUUACUAGCUCUCGUUGGAGCAAGUACCCGAGGAGCCUUUAACACGAGCACCUGUCAAGUAUUGACCCUCGCACACUUUUGUGCAUCGCCGCGUCGACACAACUCACGUGCACUCUCCAAGAUGGUCGCGCUGAAGGCCCUGUUCGUCCUUGCCACCUGCACCCUCGUGUCUGGGUCGGCUAUUCCCAUUUGGGAACUUCUCACCAAGCAAGAGAAGAUGGGUCGCCUCAUGUAUGUCUUCAUCCACCUGGUAGACCAGUAUUGCAAGGAUUCGAACAUUCCUGAUUGCCAGAAGGUCCUGACACUCUAUGGGAUGUCCAAUUUGGUGAACGAGGAAGAAAACUCCCUAGACUUCAUGGACCCUUACCAGAGGGACUCCCGCAGCAUCAUCUGGGAGAAAGUCAUGAAGGGCGACUUCAAGCUGCCAUCUGGCAAGACUUUCUACUCUAAUGACCCAUCAUCGGCCGACGAUGAAGAUUACGAGCUUGUAAACGAGGUGCGUGACAGUUCGUAUCCUUCCAGCCUUUCCUUCCGCAAGAACACCAACGACCCUCACCCGUACGCCGUUCGAGUGCCCGCCCCCGUCAAGGUUGCUACUGCCCACGCCCGCGCCCAAACCCAAGCUGAUGCCCAGGUCGGCGGCAUCUCUAGCAGCCACCCAUACGCCGUCCGAGUGGCCCGCGAGGCAACCAUCCUCAGCCCCCAGCCCGUGGGCAUCGAGGCCAGCGCCGACUUCAAGCCCAUAAGGAGCGAGAGGAGAUUGAAUCCCGUCUUCAUCCAGCGCAUCCUGCCACGUCCCUUCGUCACCUCCUUCAACAGCAGGAGGAACUCGUCUUGAAGAAGUGAAGGGCUUGAGGAAGGUCGUCCGGAUAUGACCUAGUACCUCUGUCGCUUACGAAGCCAUUGUACAAAUACGAGAAGGGAGAGACCCUGGGAAGAGAGGUCCCCAGAGUGCUUUGACGAGCUCCAGUGACUGGAGGCGAAGGAGUGCGCAGAUGAAGGGCGAAAUCGGGGCCAGAUCGCGAUUACGCCAAUGCUUUAAGAAGACUCACACAGACGAGUAAGUCCUGCCAAGGAGGACGUGUUCCAAUUAUAAGAGGCUUUUAGACCAUGCUUUAUUCGUAUUUAAGCGGCGAGUCUGCCAGUGCGUGUGUGUAUAUAUAACUGUAAAUAUUAUUUAUAUAGAGUGUUUAUCUAGUCACGGACAGGGCGUCCGCCUUUGAGAGGUAAAGUGAAAA